CCGGCGGAGCGCGGCAGCACCGCGGCUGUGCUCCGCUGUGCUCCCGCGGGGCCCGCUCGCCCCCGCGCCCGGCCAUGGCGCGCUGAGCGCCGCGGAGCCGCCAGCCCGGGGCCGGCCGGGGCAGCCGGCAGGACGGAGCCGGCAGGACGGAGCGGGCCCGGCGGGCGGGACGGCGCUCGGCCUGCGCCGGGCGGGCGCGGCGGGCGGCGGCGGGCGGAGGCGCCAUGGAGCCGGCGGAGGUGAAGGACCGCAUCCUGGAGAACAUCUCCCUCUCCGUCAAGAAGCUGCAGAGCUACUUUGCUGCCUGUGAAGAUGAGACACCAGCCAUCAGAAACCACGACAAGGUCCUGCAGAGGCUCUGUGAACACCUGGACCACGCUCUGCUCUACGGACUGCAAGAUCUCUCCUCGGGGUACUGGGUUCUGGUGGUUCACUUCACGCGCCGGGAAGCCAUCAAACAGAUCGAAGUGCUGCAGCACGUGGCCACCAACCUGGGCCGCAGCCGGGCCUGGCUGUACCUUGCCCUUAAUGAAAACUCCUUGGAGAGCUACCUGAGGCUGUUCCAGGAGAACCUCAGCCUGCUGCACAAGUACUAUGUCAAGAAUGCCCUGGUCUGCAGUCAUGACCAUCUGACCUUGUUCUUAACACUGGUGUCUGGACUGGAGUUCAUCCGCUUUGACUUGGACCUGGAUGCUCCAUACUUGGAUCUGGCCCCAUACAUGCCAGAUUACUACAAGCCUCAGUACCUGCUGGACUUCGAGGAGCGCCUGCCCAGCUCCGUGCACGGCUCCGACAGCCUCUCCCUCAACUCCUUCAACUCUGUCACCUCCACCAACCUGGAAUGGGACGACAGUGCCAUUGCUCCAUCCAGUGAGGAUUAUGAUUUUGGAGAUGUCUUUCCAGCAAUGCAGACCAUGCCCAGCAGAGACUGGGAAGAUGGAGACCUGACGGACACGCUCAGCUGCCCGCGCUCCACCGCCUCGGAGGCCAACGGCAGCAGGGCCAGGAGCCCCACACAGCGCCACAACCCCUUCAAUGAGGACAAGGCCGAGGUGCCAUCCUCCUCUGACACCACACCAGUGCACACGGCCACCCGGGACAGGGCAGAGGCCACCCCCGAAGGAACGGACCAGUCCGAGAGCUGCACGGAGCUGGAGGUCAUCAGGCUAGCCAAGAAGAAGAAGACAGGCAAGAAGAAGAAGGUGAAGCCCGAGGAGGCGGCGGUGAACAGCCCGGUGCCGGCAGCGCCCGAGGCCAGCGGGGACAGCGGCGUCAAUGGGCUCAGCGACAGGGAGGAGCUGCCGAGAGAUGGGGGCCCCGCUGCCCCGGCUGGGCCGGAGGAGAGCAGGGAGUGCGCUGCCCUCGGCCCGCUGGCCCUGCGCAUCCCCGAGAUGAAGGACACGUCCAUGGAGAGCGUGGGGCAGCCCCUGAGCAAGGUGAUAGACAGGCUCAACGGGCAGCUGGACCCCGGGGGCUGGAACGCCGCCCUGGAGCCCCCCGGGCAGCCCUUUCGGACCGGCACGCCAGGGGAGACCCCGGAUGGAUCGUCCUCUGGCGACUUUAGCGAGGGGAUUUCAGCCCCCAUGGACUUCUACCGAUUUACCGUCGAGAGUCCAAACGCUGCUGCACCAGGUGGUGGCCACCAUGACCCUCCAGGGCCUGGCCAACCGCCACAUGUUUCUGGUAGCCCUGAGGCUCCUGAAGAAGAAGAAAGCAGAGAGGGAGAAGCAGUUGGGGCAGUAGAGGAACCUGAAAGGGCGAAUGAGCCUCAAACUAGCCAGACAGAAACCACCAACCCACAGGCUCUCUGUGAGCCCAAGAAGGAGCAGCCCAGCCCUUCCCCGAGCAGCGCUGAGGACUCUGGGGUGGAGGAAGGGCAGGGCAGCCCCUCAGAGCUGACCCAUCCCUCUGAGUUCAGGGUGGAUAACAACCAUCUCCUGCUGCUGAUGAUCCACGUAUUUCGGGAGAACGAGGAGCAGUUGUUCAGGAUGAUCCGAAUGAGCACGGGGCACAUGGAAGGGAACCUGCAGCUGAUCUACGUCCUGCUAACGGAUUGCUACGUGUACCUGAUCCGCAAAGGGGCAGCGGAGAAGCCGUACAUGGUGGAGGAGGCCGUGUCCUACAACGAGCUGGAUUACAUCUCGGUUGGGCUGGAUCAGCAGACGGUGACCCUGGUGUGCACCAACCGGAGGAAGCAGUUCUUGCUUGACACUGCCGACGUGGCUCUCACAGAGUUCUUCCUGGUCUCCUUGAAGUCAGCCAUGAUCAAAGGGUGCCGGGAGCCCCCUUAUCCCAGUAUCCUCACAGAUGCCACCAUGGAGAAACUGGCACUUGCCAAGUUUGUGGCGCAGGAGUCCAAGUGUGAGGCCUGCAACGUGGUUGUGCGUUUCUACGGUCUCGUUCACUGGGAGGACCCCAUGGAUGAGGCGCUGGGACCCGCCAGCAGCAGCUGCUCCUCUGCAGAAAACGCCAUCACCAAGGACGGCAUCCUGCACUACAAGGCAGGGACCUCCUACCUGGGCAAGGAGCAGUGGAAGCCCUGCUUCGUGGUGCUCAGCAAUGGGAUCUUGUACCAGUACCCAGAUCGCACGGAUGUCACCCCUCUGCUCUCCAUCAACAUGGGCGGCGAGCAGUGCGGGGGAUGCCGGCGUUCCAACACCACCGACCGGCCCCACUCCUUCCAGGUGAUCCUGACGGACCGGCCCUCCCUGGAGCUGAGCGCCGAGAACGAGGAGGACAUGGCAGACUGGAUGCAGUACUUCUGCCAGGCUGUCUCCAAAGGGGUGAUUCCCCACGGUGUUGCCCCCACGCCGUGUGUUCCCUGCUGCCUGGUGCUGACAGAUGAGAAGGCUUUCACGUGCCACGAGGACUGCCAGACCAGCUUCUUCCGCUCGCUGGGCACCGCCGAGCUGACGGACGUCACCGCCGUGUCCACAGAGGCCGGCAAGGAGUACUGCAUUCUGGAGUUUGCUCAGGACAGCAAGGAGUUCCUGCCCCCCUGGGUCUUUUAUUUUAGUUGCACUACGGAACUGGAGAGGUUCCUGUCAGCACUGAACGUUGUGUGGAGGAACAUCUACCAGGUCGAUCUCCAGCACAAGGCCAUUGUGGAUGCUGCUGUGAAGAAGAAAUGUGAGGAUGCCCAGAGCCUCAUUGACAGCGCCUGGCAGCGCAGCGACAGCCUCUGCCGGGGCCGGGCCGAGCGGGACCCCUGGUGUUAACCCUGGCCAGGGGAGGACAGCUCACAGGGGCCCAGUUUUGGGGAUCAGGGCCUGUAUCUGGCCAACUGGCACCCCAAACCCUCCUGCCAUCGCUUGGUCCCCACCAGGGCUGUGCCUGUAGCGUGGAUCCCGCGCUCUCCACCGAGCCAGGGACGUGCGGCAUGGUCUGGGGAGCAGCCAGACGCUUCAGCACCUGCGCCUUCCUCCUCCUCCAGCUGCCACGGGGCAAAUAAUUUGCCUUUCACAGAAUGGAAUCCCAGCAGUAGUGAAGGAGAGGGUGGGAGUGGAGUGGGCUGGGACAAGCAUCCCCACUCUGGUGGGGAGCAGGACUGGGACUUGUUCAUUUUUGAACAGGGUUGGGGCGAGGCGGGAACACUCAAUCGCUACCGUGCAUGUUUUGUUGCUCAUACAAUCACCGAGGACGGCAUCGCUCUGCCUCCUUCUCCUGGAGAGCUCACCUGGGGCCUCCAGACACCACUGAACCACUCACAGCCUGCCCAGGAGGUUUGAGGCUAAGGAAGAAGGAACAGGGCCAAAUACUCGUCUUUAAACAUGGUUUUAGGAGAUCUCAGCAGCCGGUUUGUGGUGUGAACGCUGACCCCGUGCACUGGGGGAGAAGAGAUGGAGUCCCACCUUCUUGUUCUUCAGGUGUCCUGAGGGACGUGGUCACGUGGCUGCCACCAAACACGUCCCCAUCUCCUCAGCUCACUGCAUCCGAGGCCAGCGAGGACCCAUCGCCACCUGUGCUCACAACGAGCACUUUGGGGCAAACCCCAGCUUUUAAAUAAUAUUAAUAUUAAUAAUAAUAACCUGGAGACCUUCUCAUGUAAUAUAUGUUCACGGGGCCUUUUUCUGGGAGGAAACGUAUGUGACUGAAUGUAUAUGUACAUACAUCUGCUUCCUUUCCCCCCUCCCCAAAUAAACAGACCUUGGUAACUCA